UGAACCUCGAGCGUGCGGCGAAUUCCACGAGUUUCGUGUGAUGUGACGGGUGACAUUCAUCUUGUUUCGCGUUAACCGAGUUAUUAGUAAUAACUUAUCACGUGUCGUGUCGUGAGUUGUGAGCGAGAUCCGGCGUAAGUUCGGAUACAGUGCGUGCGGAAGAAAAGAAAAGUUCUUGUGUGACGCCCAUGUCGAGCUUGGAAAAGUAUACCGGAUCGAACUACCAUUGCGGGAUAAUAGAUUCUUGAGUAAUUUAGAGUAAUUUGCGGCAGCGCCCCUUCGGCUAGCGAGACCGAGAGGUCAUCGACGUCGUCGCAAAAUUUUGGCGCCCAACGUGGGGCCUCUCGCCCGAGAAUUAAAGCUCUCGCGUGGCAAGGACGAAUUAAAUUAAAUCGGAGGGUAUAGUCCGCAUUUUGGAUAGACCAUCUGGACGCGUGGCUAUCCAUCGACCAGGCCGACUCGGAGUUCUGGGACGCCUUGGGCCGAACCCUGGAGAUGAUGAGGAAGGCCCUGAGAGCCCAGGAGGGCGUAAUCGUACACGAGGUCCCACGCCAGAGGGACCAGGGCGUCCAGACUGAAAGGGCGGACUGUGAGAAGGCGCAGACGGACACGGCGGCCCCGGAAGUACUCGAGCCCUUGUUUCUGAUAGACCAGGGUGUGCAGACAUCCAGGGUGUGCAAAUGGUUCGCGGAGGACAGGUUCACUCUGGAGGACCGGAGGAGAAUGGAACGGCGUUAUGGCACAAGGAAGACCAAAUCGGUGGGCACGCAGAUCGCGGUGCCACUCCCAUCGCGGCGGAACACAUCAAUGUUUUCGAGAAGAGGCUGCUGGAGUUGCUUUGUGGAAAUCUAUUACUUUUUUAGAUACUGCCCGCACCCCCGCCGGCGAAACAAGUUCUGCUCUGGGUGCCGGGCACGAGGAGUGACCGUCUUCGAGUGCCCCCGCUGCGGACCGAUACAGUUUGGUUGAGAGUUGGUUGUGGGACUUGGGCUUAUUCUUUAUUAUAGUGUAAAAGAAAUUAAGACGAAUAUUGCAUAGUUUCUUUUGCUCAGAAUUAUUUCUUAUAUAACAUAAAAUUUUUAAUUUAAUUCUUAAUUUCAAUAAGCAAUGCAUUAAUUAUGUACUUUACUUAACUUAAAAGUCCUGUUUCAUUUGUCGGAAAGUUUUGAACAAGCCUCUUACCUCAUUAUCUUACCUCAUUAUCCUACCUCAUCUAAUGUGAUCAAAUAGUCCGUAUGUAGAAUAUAUAAUACUCAUAUAAUAAUGUUAUACCCUCCCCCCCAAAUAAAUGUUCAAAAUGUAGCUUUCUUUGUCGUGUGUAUAAGCCUUCGAUGUAUAGGAGUUUUAAUUUCACAUUAUACAGAAAAGAAUAAUUUAUAUAUUUGUGGCCAUUGCGCAUGUAAAUAUAUAUUUUACAACACCUCCACGGAAAGUUCGACUUUCCAUGCCUGUAGAGAGAAACGAAAGUGGCCAAUUUCACGCCAGGGAGGAAAGUUGUUACUUUCCGCCCGCUAAACAGGGACGAAAGUAAUCAAGUUGUCGGAAAGUUUUGAACAAGCCUCCUACCUCAUUAUCUGAUGUGAUCAAAUAGUCCGUAUGUAGAAUAUAUAAUACUCAAGUUGUUACUUUCCUCCCACUAAACAGAGACGAAAGUGGUCACUUUCUGCC